UCCGGAAGCGGAAGGGGGGGAAGCCAGCCUCAGUGCCCAUUUCCGGGGUGAUGUUGCUGAGUCGACUGCUACCCCUGGGACCCUCUCGCCGGAUGGGGGCAGCGGGGCCGGCCCCACCAGAAAGACUCCAGUGAGAACUGGAGUGCUGAAGAGGUAGUGGAAAGAGGAGUUGCUGUUUCCAUUCCAUGGAUCCCUUGGGUGCUCCUUCCCAAUUUGUGGAUAUUGAUUCUCUGCCAGCCUGGAAUGACUACAGUGAGGCAGACCAACUGGACUCCCUCAAAACUCAAGUUGAAAAACCCCAACUUGAUAUUAGAUCACCUUUCCCAUACAGGAAAGACAUCAAUGCAAAAAUAAUAUUGUGGAAAGGAAAUGUAGCAUUAUUGAACUGCACAGCCAUAGUAAACACCAGCAAUGAAUCUCUCACAGAUAAGAAUGUGGUAUCUGAGAGCAUCUUCGUGCAUGCCGGCCCCAACCUGAGGGAUGAACUCCAGAAACUCAAAGGAUGCCGGACGGGGGAGGCAAAACUGACUAAAGGAUUUAACCUGGCUGCACGAUUCAUUAUUCACACCGUGGGACCCAAAUACAAGAGCAGAUAUCGCACAGCAGCUGAGAGCUCCCUGUAUAGCUGCUACCGCAAUGUCCUACAGCUUGCAAAGGAGCAGGCAAUGUCCUCAGUGGGAUUCUGUGUCAUAAACUCUGUGAAAAGAGGCUACCCUUUGGAGGAUGCAACCCACAUAGCACUGCGAACAGUCAGAAGGUUCCUGGAGAUUCAUGGGGAAACCCUGGAGAAGGUGGUGUUUGCAGUCUCUGAGCUUGAACAGGCCACUUACCAGAAGCUGCUGCCUCUGUAUUUUCCAAGGUCAUUGGAAGAAGAAUGUCAUUCCUUACCGUGCCUUCCUGCAGAUAUUGGCAAUUCAGAAGGGGAGCCAGUAGUACCAGAGCGACAGAUCAGGAUCAGUGAAAAACCAGGUGCUCCAGAUGAUAACUCGGAUGAGGAGGGGCUGGAAGCAGAUAUUUCAUUCAUUGGUUCCCACGCAUUUGCCCGCAUGGAGGGAGAUGUUGAUAAGCAGAGGCGCCUCAUUCUUCAGGGACAGUUGUCGGAGGCAGCACUGCAGAAACAGCAUCAGAGAAAUUACAAUCGCUGGCUGUGUCAGGCAAGAGCUGAAGACCUGUCUGAUGUUGCUUCUCUCAAAGCCUUGUAUCAGACAGGUGUGGAUAAUUGUGGUCGCACAGUGAUGGUGGUAGUUGGAAGGAAUAUUCCUGUAACUCUGAUAGACAUGGAAAAGGCACUCUUGUACUUCAUCCAUGUCAUGGACCAUAUUGUAGUGAAGGAGUAUGUCAUAGUAUACUUCCACACGCUCACUAGUGAUUACAAUCACCUGGACUCCGACUUUCUGAAGAAACUGUAUGACGUCGUUGACAUCAAGUACAAGAGAAAUUUGAAGGCAGUGUACUUCGUCCACCCAACAUUUCGCUCAAAGGUCUCAACAUGGUUUUUCACAACCUUUACCGUCUCAGGGCUAAAGGACAAAAUCCAUUAUGUGGAAAACCUUCAGCAAUUGUUCACAGCCAUACCCCCAGAACAGAUUGACUUCCCCCCUUUUGUCCUUGAAUACGAUGCCAGGGAAAAUGGGCCUUACUAUUCUUACCCCUCAUCCCCUGACCUGUGAUCUACGGCUCUGCAAUACUGCUGGUUUCCCAUGGAUCCUAUGACCUGAUGCCUGCUGAUCCCAUGUGCAUUUGUCCAUGUACAGAAUUCAGAGAAAGGGUUUUGCCCCCAGCUCUCUGGUAUUUUUUUACUGAUGAGAUAUUUUCAAGCACACAAGCAAUCUGAGAACUUUAUGCCACUGUGAAUUGUACUACUAUUUCAGAUCUAUUUAUCCAAAGGAAAAGUUGAUUUCAGGAUCACUUGGUGAAUUUUAUUUUCUUCUUUUGGAAGGUAUUGAGUUUUAUGCUUGAAUUGACUUUUUUGCUCUCCCAGAAGACCAUCAGAGAUACUUUAAUCAUGUUUUUACUUAAUAUUGCCUGGUUCCAGCUCCAUUUAUAAUACUCUGUUUUACAAAUGAUAUACAGUACCAGCCUGACACUGUUGCUCAUCUUAUGGUCUGUGCUUCAGUUCCAAUUAUUUUCCCCUUCUAUUAGUGCUGAUUGUUCUAGUGAUGACCCUGCAACAGUAGCUGGAAUCAGGAAUAUCACAACCACGGAGUGAGCAAAGCACUACGCCAAGUGAACUCUGUGGCAGUGUUUAGUACCAUAAAUGCUAUAAUCCCUGUCUGUUUUCCCUGGAAGAUGUGAUAAGUUGAGAUGUUGUUGCUCUCCCAUUAAGAAUAAAAUUGAAAAAUGUGUCUGAA